AUGCCUCCAAAAAACGGGAAAAGGGAAUCUGCUGGCGGAAAACUGCCUGCUGCAUUGCAUGCUAAAGAGCAACAAAGCGUUACGAUCGAAGACUUGCUAUUUCCAAGAAGCACAAUUGUACAUCUCGCCAAAGAUAGUUCGGUGCAAGGUGUUGACGCCAAUACCACAGAUGCAGAGAGUAAGAAGGUUAUACUAUCGAAAGAUGCAGCAACAGCCCUACAGAGAUCUGCUACAGUCUUCGUAAACCAUCUAAUGAUGUAUGCACGCGAAGGAGCAGCUUUUCAAAACCGGAAAAGUGUUAACGUAGACGAUGUGUUAGCAGCUUUGGACCAAUGUGGACUUGAGGGACUCAAAACGCUAGUGAGAUCCAGGCUAGACGAGUACCAGAAGGCGCUAGAGUUGAGAAAAAAGGAGAAAAUCGAAACUAAAGAACACGAAGACGGUCCCACAGAAUCAGGCGACGAAGGAGUCGAGACACAACCAGACACGGAAUUAGCUGUGGGCGAGCCGGCCAAGAAACCAAAAUUAGACAAUUAA